CCGAUUCAGCCUUGCGACAGCAACUGUUGAUGCCGACACAGUCGCCGCAGCCGCCUCCGCCCUCUCUGCUAACUCAAACAGCGGCAAACAACAGCAGCAACAACAUCGGCGGCGGCGGCUACAAACCGCCAAGUCGAAAGCGAAAUCGAUCGAAAAAGAAAGUUCCGCCUGGCGGUGAUGAGCAGCAGCAGCAGCCACCUCUGAAAGCCACCUGCCACUCGGCAAAUUGCAUCAAUGCACCGAAAAAUAUGGUUAUUACCACCACCUCUAACAGCAACAACAACAAUGGCAACAGCAGCAACCUGCACCAGCAACUGCACAGCAGCAACUGCAGCAAGAGCUUGGUAGCACCAAACGGUCAAAACUUGCAGCUACUGGCGGCGAUUCCAAUGCCCGCCGCCACCAGCACUUCAGGCGGCAUUCCCUGCGGUCAUCAGUUUCGCUUUCCAGCAAAUCCCAGCCACUCUCCGGCGGUUUCCUGCGGUGAAGCCUCUGGUGGAACAAAUGGAAAUGGAAACGGAAACGGAAACGGUGGAAACAGCAGCAUUGGAGCCAGCCCGGGCGUCAUUUUUGGCGCCCUGCCUGGAUGCUUUACAACUACUACUAGCUCGCACCAGCCACCGUUUAACCCGAUGGGCGGGCAAAACUUGGCCAACUCGGCAGUGGUCAACAACUUGGCAAACAACUCGUCAAGUAGCGGAAAUAAUUCAACAAAUGUCAAUGGCGGACCACCACCGACA